GGAUGCUCCCAAGACCAGCCUCAUGGAGCGCUCACUUUCACUUAGCUUGGGUGCCCAUGCCGCUGAAUGCAUCAGCGAACUCGUAUGACGUCCUGCAUGCUUCGGGUUUUGCCAAUAAUUGAGAAACAUCACCAGGCACUCUGCGCUUGCAUAAUGAAAAGCCAACUUUCGUUGGCAGGUAUUUGGCCCCCAAAUGCGGGCACUGCGCCUCGCUUGGUUUCAUGAAAAUCCCCGGCCAAAGUCGUUAGAGCUGUCGGACGCCUGAGAGCGGCUCAGAUCACCUCAAGUAUGCUGGGCUUUGCUAGAUACGCGCUUCGUUUCCUCGACAUACGCCGUGUCUCAUCGUGCUCCAGCCAUGAAGACUCUGGCGCAAUUCUCCGCUGUUCGUCAGGACUCUGAUGACGAUGCACAAAGAAGCGUCGAGUUGCUCGCCAUGGCCGACCACCACAGCGACACCAAGUCCGGUACGCCUCGCCAAUGGCCACAGAACGACCGCGAGGCUGCUUUACAAGAUAAAUGGUCACUAUUUCCUUGGCGAGUAACUUCCGUUCUGCUGGCGCUCCCUCUUGCCCUCGCCGGCAUCGUCAGCCUCGCAGCCGCCGCGGAAACGGUAUCCCAAAGUUACAUUAUGGGACGAGACUGCUAUCCAAACGGUCUUUGGAAGGAAGCCUCCGGAGCAACAUGGCGCAUUAUGGAUUCCUCUUACUUCUUCACACCAAACUUGAGUUUUGGAGCUAUGACUUUUACACAGGUAAAAGUCAUUGAUGUUGCCUGGGAUCUGAUUAUUGGAAGAGGUGGACAACUUUUGUUGGCAUGGGCGAACUAUCGCGUCUUCAACGAGUGGCUGGUAUACCACAUGGAGAUGCAUCACACAUCGUACAAACUGUAUGCCGCCGUAGCCUUCGAAACAACAACAAUGGGCACGCUCGGUGUACUGGGGAAAGAAUUCUUAGCUUUUGGGGCGGGCACCUGGAAGCGCUUAUUCCGAUGGCUGGCAAUACUUUCAAUGUUGCUAUCCACGCUCUAUGUGAUCUCGUUCCCGACUUUGAUGGCAGCCAUGACAGGUUACAUCGCGACUUAUGAGCCAUACAUAGAGGAUUUUGAUGGGAACCUCCUCGGAUGGAGCCAGGUGAAACAGGUGGAGUACAUUAUCCACGACGCUGAUCGAUUGGACGGUUUCGAUGCGCCGCUCGUUGCUACAACAGAUGACAAGCCGCUCGUCGAUGCUAUUGAUAACUACCGUAUGCAGUUCGGAAACUGGACCUGGGAACAUGAAGUGAAUGGCGUGCCUCAGGUAGGUUCUGGCUUCAACGGUACCAACAAUACAAAUAUAACAGCCGAAUUUGUGUUGGAAGGCGUCAAGUUACCCCUGUUCCGAAGCCUCCAAAUUACCAGAUUUCCUGUCGAAUACGUAAAGUUGAACUCCGUUCCACUACAUGAACACCCUGGAUACCAAUAUGCUUUUGAGAAGCGCCCAGACUCGAACCACACCUACGACGCGGCUUAUUUGCUGGAGCAUGGAUCUUGCAAACCUAGCGAGACGUAUCAGUGGGGGUUCUCUUACAUCUUUCUAUUCAUGGUCUCCAUCUUCAAUUUCAUCUGGGUCUGCAUCAUGGUCGGCAUGUGGCUUGAUACACGGCGAGGGUCAAGAAUGUAUAGGAGUGGCAGGAGACCUGGACUUUUGCGCAGUAUUAUCGAAUACUCGGCAGCGAUACGAGAAGAGCUAGGCAGUGAGGCCGAAUAUCUGGAGGAGGAUGACCUGCGAAAACGUUUGACGCAGAGUAACGGAGCAUUGGUUGUGGAGAAGGCUGAGCUCAGAGUGACACGUACGAGCAUGAGCACUGGAGUGAAGACAACUAAAGGUGGUUGGAAGCGGAAUCUCACGAAAGGCAGCACUUUUUGAGUCAGAGGACUAUCUAAGCAAUAUAUUCAUCAUGCU